AUGGCAGAGCGUCAGCAGGAACGCGCGUCGCCGUCACAACCGCAACAGCAGCAGAACCAACCAGGAGCGCCCAUGGCGACGGACGCGCAAACGGAGGCGCGCGCAGCAUCAGUCGAGGCGGUGCAGGCGGCGCAGGAGGCGGAAGAGGCGAGCAAGCGCGCGUACGUGAAGCAGGCGGAAGCGCAGGAGAAGAUGCAGGUGGCGGCGCAGGUGGCGGCGCAACAGCAGCAGGCGGCGAGGCAGGCGGCGAGCAUGGCGGCGAGCGAGGCAGCGCGCGCUGUGAGGGAGGACGAGCGCGCAGCGGGGCGGCAGCAGCAGCAAGAGUCCGCAGUACAGGGCAUGAUAGCGCAACAGGCGGCGCAGAUGGCGGUGCAGCAGCAACAGCAGCAGCCACAACAGCCCAUGCAGGCACCAGUGCAGCAGCAGCAGGGCAUGGUGACAGGCCCAGGUACCGCAUCUUUCCCUGGUGCUGGUGGAAGCUAUUACUCAACAGCUCCGGGGGCUGCCAUGAGUGGAGUGGAAGGGGCAGCAGCACCGUCCUUGGCAGCAGCGAUGCAGGGCGAGCAUGCAGGGGCAGCAGCGCAGGCGUUUGUGGCGCAGAUGGCGAGUGAGGCGGCGGAGACUGCAGCACAGAGCAUGGCAGCAGCACAGCACAUGGCCGCCUCUGCUCCCAACGAUGCUGCCGUGCAGCAGGCGGCAGGGCAGCAGGCAGCGUUAUCAGAGGAGCAGAUGGCGCUGGCACGGCAGCUGGCAGCCGCGAGCAAUGAUCCGGGCACGGCAUUGCACACGGCACAGCCCACACCUCCUGGAUCCCACCGCCGCCAUUCUUCUUACUUUCAGUGCCUCGCCCUCCCCUCACCCCGAAUCCGUCCGCCAAUUGGCUUCUUUGUCCCGGGCUGUGCAAGUGGGAGAAGCGGCGUGCGGGGGGGGGGGGAAGCGCGAGGAGGGAAUGCGCGGGAGGUGAGUUGGAGCGAUGAAGAAGGCGCAGGAGAAGAAGGCGAAGCGGCACAUAUACAGCACGGGCGCCGCUGGGCACGUUCCCCUCUCGCUCUCUCCCUCACCUCCCGUCUUCCUUCCCCCAUCCGCCUUCUCCCGUCCCCCUCCCACUCCUCCCCGGGCUCUCCUGCCUUCGCGCCUCCCCGUUUGUUUACCGCGUUUCCCGCCUUCGCGGCUCCCCCGCAGCCGCUACCGUGUCCGUUCUGCGAGCGCGUGUUCAAGCAGGACGGGCGCCUCAAGGACCACGUCAAGAGCCAGCACGCUGACGCCGCCGCCGGCAAUGCUGACGUGGACACUCCCAACGGAGCGCCGACGACAGCUGGUGCUGCCGCGCAGGGCGUGGGCAGAGGGGCGGGCGCCACGGGGGCAGGCGCGAUUGCGCGGGGAGGUGAUGGGGCGGGGAGGGGGAUUGGCGUGGCAGUAGGGGGAGCGGAUGGGGAGAAGGGCGGAGCGGGAGUGGGAACGGGAGCGGGAGGGGGGGGCGUGUACUAUGUGAAGACGCCCAAGGUGCUGCUGAACGAGUGGUGCCAGAAGAACAAGCGCCCCACGCCCAAGUACAAACACGUGGAGGCGCCAGGCGGGGGCUUCCACGCGCGCGCCAUCAUCCCUGAUCCGCGCGACCCCACACAGGACACCAUAGUGUGGUGGCGCGGCACGCCCCCCGCGCCCUCGUCUCUGGACGCUCAUAACCGCGCCGCCACCAUGGCCCUGCACCGCGUCCUCGGCUCCACCAGGAUGGACCGAGUGUUGGGCGAGGAGUACCGGCAGCAGUGGCGGGAUCUGGACCGCGAGGGGGAGGACAGGAAGGAGCGUGACAGGCGCCAUGCUGAGGACAGGCAGAGGCGUGAGGAGCGGGAUCGAGCGCAGCAGCAGCGGCAGGUGCAGCGCGCGAACGUGUUCCUGAGCGAUGAUAAGCGCCAGCUCGUGCACGCCCUGCUCUCCACUGCCCCCGCGCCUGCCGCCGCCUCCUCCCUGCCUGCCCCGUUUGUCGCCACCGCUGCUGCUGCUGCUGCUCCCCAGGGGGGUUCGGAGCUUAGCGGGUCUUAUGCUGCUGCUGGUAUUGCUUCUGCGUCGCUGCAGGCAGCGCCACCAGCGGCAGCAGUGGCUGGUAGUGGCAGCGAGAGUGAGAGCAGCAGGCAGGCAGUGGCCAAUCAGCUGCUGGCAUCUGGCUUCCCGCUGGACUGGACACAGCAAGCCACAGCCCACUGUUCCGACUACGUGGCAGCACGUGAUUGGCUCAUCCUGCACAUGCCAGAGCACCUGCUCCCAGCCCAGUUCACCGCCUCCUCAUCCGCCUCCGCUGUUGCAGUGCUGCACUCCGCGUCUCCCGCUGCCAUUCCCUCCGCCACGGCCCUCCAAAUCGACCAGUGGCAGCCCGGCAUCUCCCUUCAGCUGCGCUGGCUCCUUGCAUGUGGCUACGACGGCCCCUCCGCGCUGCAAGCGCUCUCCCUCACCGCCCGCAGCGGUGCAGACGACGAGGUGGCAGCGCUGCAGUGGCUCCAGCAGCAAUAUCCCCUGGACGUGCGCGGUGCACAGGGCAUGGGGGGAGGGGUCGGCGCGGAGGGGGGAGAAGGGGACGCGGAGGGCGGGGAUUGGGGGGAAGGGGAGCAGCGGGGCGAGGGGGAGGUGGGGGAGGCGAGGGAGGAGGAGCGCAUGGUGCUGGAGGCGAUCUUUGGGGCGGACCUGGCUGUGCGAGAGGUGCAGAGCGGUGCUGGGGGGUUGGCGGUUGUGAUGUCGGUGCGGAUCAAGCAGGAGGCGGGUGGUGGUGGGCAUGGGGAGGGCGAGGACAGCACCUCUGCACAUGCUGCUGCUCUUCAUCUUGAGGUCAUCAUUCCAGCCACCAGCUCCUACCCCUUCUCCCUCCCACUCCUCGCCUUCCGCCUCUCCUCCUCCAACCCCAUCCCCCUCCCGCCCGCCGUCCCCCUCUCACUGCGCUUCUGGUCCGCCUGCGCCCUGCACUAUGCACGCAACAGCCUGCCCCCUGGCAUGGGCAUCGUGCACUCCCUUGCCACCUGGGCUGCAGACCACGCUCUCCCCGCCUUCCUCUCUCUGCUCUCUCCCCGCCCUGCCUCCUCCGGUCCCUCCCACACACCCCUGCUUCUCCCUCACCUCGCUUCGCUCUCCCUCGCUCCCUCCGCCUCCCCCUCGUCUGCCGCUGCCUCCCUCUCAGCACCAGUCGCUGCUGCUGCCAACACAGCUGCCGCAGCAGUGCCAGCUACUCCUGGUGCUGGUGCUGCCAGCGCCGCCGCUAGUGCUGGCAGGGACGUGGCAGUGCGGGCAGCAGGGGAUGACGCAUGGUGGCAGCAGGGCACAGCAGCGAACAAGCCAGGCAGGGGAGCAAGGCGGGGAAUGGGGGAGGGAGAGGCGAGGGAGGAUUGGGAGCGGCUGAAGCGGCGGUGGGAGGAGAUGCAGGGGAGCAGGCAGCACGCGGGCAUGAUGCAGACACGGAGGGGGCUGCCUGUGGCAGCGUCUAGAGCGCAACUGCUGGCUGCACUGCAGCAGUCGUGGGUGGUGGUGGUCAGUGGCGCCACUGGCAGCGGCAAGAGCACCCAGGUGCCCCAGUACAUCCUGGAGGGAGCACUCGAGGAGUCCGCUGCUGCACCAGCGUCGUCCUCGCGCCCUGCACCGUGCUGCUCCGUGGUGAUCACACAGCCACGCCGCAUAUCGGCAGUGGGCCUCGCGCACAGGGUGGCGCAGGAGAGGGCUGAGACCGUUGGCGACACUCCAUCUUGCAACCACCCACCCUCCUCCAUGCGUUUCCUUUACCCCUGCUCCCACCCUGCCUACCCCCUGGUGAGGUACACCAUUUCUCACGCACCUCAAAAACCCUCUUACUCCCCACCAUUUUCCUCCAAUCCUCCUCUCCCCCCGUCCCUUUCCCCUGCCAUCCGGCCACCAGGUGGGGUACGCCAUUCGCAUGGAGGCACGGCGCUCGCAGCGCACGCGCCUGCUCUUCUGCACGACGAGGCUGCUGCUGCGGCGCCUGCUGGCGGACCCACUGCUGGCGGGGGUGUCACACGUGGUGGUGGACGAGGUGCACGAGCGCUCUCUCGACUCCGACCUGCUGCUGCUGCUGCUGCGCUUCACACUCCUGCAGCGCAACUUGGCUCAACAGCAGGGGCCGGGGCAGGAGAAGCUGCCUCUGUGCGCUGCGCAUUGAAUCCUGCUCGGUUCCUAAUUUUUGUGUGUGUGUUUUUGUUGGCCAAAUUCUCGUCUCUCUUUUCCAUUCUUGCACCUCCCUCGCCUGAACACCGUUUCUCACCUCAUCCUCGCCCCUCCCAACCCACCUUCCGUUUCUCACCCAUUUCUUUCCUUCUUCCCGCCCACCCCCUCCCCUUCCCCGGCAUCCUCUGCAGGCUGCGCAUCAUCCUCAUGUCAGCCACAGCCGAUGCACACGCCUUUGCAGACUACUUCCACCGCCUCCUCCUCUCCCACUCCCACCACUUCCCGCCCUCCCUCCUCUCUCCUCUCCACCCCAAAUCCCCCACGCCCUCCACUCCCCUCUCCUCCCUCCUCACCUCGCGCCUGCCGCGCCCGGCGCUGAUCACAGUACCAGGGCGCACCCACCCGGUGCGGCAGCUGUUUCUAGAAGAUGCUCUUGCCGUCACCAACACGGUUAUCGGCCGCAACUCCAAGUAUGCACGCAAGGGCGCAGGCAAGAGCAAUGCUGUUGCAGGAGGCAUGGCUCGCGGGGAAGGUGCGGGCAGGGAGGGUGGCGGGGCUGUGGAGAUGGGGACAAAUGGGGGCGGAGCUGGAGAAAAGGUGGGAGACGCGGAGGAGGGUAAGGCGGAGGGGAAGGAUGAGGAGGAGGAGGAGGAGGAGGAGGAGGAGGAGGAGGAGGAGGAGGAGGAGGAGGAGGAGGAGGAGGAGGAGGAGGAGGAGGAGGAGGAGGAGGAGGAGGAGGAGGAGGAGGGCGGGUGGGAGUCUCUGGCAGACGAUGCGGGUGAUGUGCGCAGCAGCAACAGCAACAGCAGUGGGCGCAGCAGUGGUGCGGCACUCCAUGCGAGCGCUGCUCCCAUGGCAGAGCAGGGCAUGGGUGUGGCAGGCGGCAAAGGAGUGGGCGGACAGGGGGCAGUAACAGCAGCAGGGACAGGAGGAGCGGUAGCAGGAGCAGGGCCAGGAGCGGUGGCAGGAGGAGGAGGGGCAGGAGGGGGUGAGCAGUACAGUGAGUCCGUGUGGCGGUCGCUGGCAGUGGUGGAGGAGAGUGUGAUCAACUACGAGCUCAUAGAAGCACUCAUUGCUGCCAUCGUGCGCGCUAACACCCACCCCCACCAGCAGCAGCAGCAGCAGCAGUGGCAGCAGCGGGAAGAGGAGGCGGUGGGGUCAUCAGCAGGCAGCAGCGACAGCAGCAGCACCUUCAGCUGGGACAGCGCAGCCAGCGGCAGCAGUGCAAGCAGCAGUGCUGGCUCAUCGUUGCUUGUGCCUGAGCCAGCAGAGGGCAGGGCGGGCAGCGGGGCGUCAAGAGGCGCGGUCAAGGCGCGCGGCAUACUGGUGUUCCUGCCGGGUAUGGCCGAGAUCAAGCACAUGCAGCGACAGCUGGAGGGGAGCCGGGUGCUGCAGCAGGCGGUGGGGGGAGUGGGGCCGCGAGGAGGGCGGGGGGCGAUGGUGGUGGUGCCGCUGCACGGGUCGCUGGCACAGAAAGAGCAGCAGCGGGUGUUUGCAGCGGUGGCAGAGGGCACGUGGAAGGUGGUGCUCUCCACCAACGUGGCUGAGACCAGUGUCACCAUCGAUGAUGUCGUGUGGGUGGUGGACAGUGGGCGGCAGAGGGAGGUGGUGCACGAUGUGGUGCGGGGCAUGGACGUCAUGGGGGAUGCGUGGCUCUCACAGGCAGCAGCGGCGCAGAGGGCGGGGCGAGCAGGCAGGGUGCAGCCGGGGUGCUGCAUCCGCCUCUACUCGCGCUCCCUCUUCCACUCGCUGCCGCCGCACACGCCACCAGAGAUGCUGCGCGUGUCCCUCCACUCGCUCUGCUUGCAGUCCACUGGACCAAGGCGCGCGCGCGGACCAAGGCGCGCGCGCGGACCAAGGCGCGCGCCCGGUCCAAGGCGCGCGCCCGGACCAAGGCGCGCGCCCGGACCAAGGCGCGCGCGCCCGGACCAAGGCGCGCGCGCCCGGACCAAGGCGCGCGCGCCCGGACCAAGGCGCGCGCCCGGACCAAGGCGCGCGCCCGGACCAAGGCGCGCGCCCGGACCAAGGCGCGCGCGCCCGGACCAAGGCGCGCGCGCCCGGACCAAGGCGCGCGCGCCCGGACCAAGGCGCGCGCGCCCGGACCAAGGCGCGCGCCCGGACCAAGGCGCGCGCCCGGACCAAGGCGCGCGCCCGGACCAAGGCGCGCGCGCCCGGACCAAGGCGCGCGCGCCCGGACCAAGGCGCGCGCGCCCGGACCAAGGCGCGCGCGCCCGGACCAAGGCGCGCGCGCCCGGACCAAGGCGCGCGCGCCCGGACCAAGGCGCGCGCCCGGACCAAGGCGCGCGCGCCCGGACCAAGGCGCGCGCGCCCGGACCAAGGCGCGCGCCCGGACCAAGGCGCGCGCCCGGACCAAGGCGCGCGCGCCCGGACCAAGGCGCGCGCGCCCGGACCAAGGCGCGCGCGCCCGGACCAAGGCGCGCGCGCCCGGACCAAGGCGCGCGCCCGGACCAAGGCGCGCGCCCUGACCAAGGCGCGCGCCCGGACCAAGGCGCGCGCCCGGACCAAGGCGCGCGCCCGGACCAAGGCGCGCGCCCGGACCAAGGCGCGCGCCCGGACCAAGGCGCGCGCCCGGACCUAGGCGCGCGCCCGGACCAAGGCGCGCGCCCGGACCAAGGCGCGCGCCCGGACCAAGGCGCGCGCCCGGACCAAGGCGCGCGCCCGGACCAAGGCGGCGCGCGCGCCCGGACCAAGGCGCGCGCCCGGACCAAGGCGCGCGCGCGGACCAAGGCGCGCGCGCGGACCAAGGCGGCGCGCGCGGACCAAGGCGCGCGCGCGGACCAAGGCGCGCGCGCGCGGACCAAGGCGCGCGCCCGGACCAAGGCGCGCGCCCGGACCAAGGCGCGCGCCCGGACCAAGGCGGCGCGCGCGGACCAAGGCGCGCGCGCCCGGACCAAGGCGCGCGCUCGGACCAAGGCGCGCGCGCGGACCAAGGCGCGCGCGCGGACCAAGGCGCGCGCCCGGACCAAGGCGCGCGCGCAGACCAAGGCGCGUGCGUGGACCAAGUCCAAUUCUUUGCCAUGCCAUGUCCCGCCGCCACCACCCUCCAGCUUACCCUCCAACUCUUCCCACCGUUUUCCAAGCACCAGCACUCAUCUCCACCCUUCUGCCCCGCACUGCCCCCUCUGCUCAUCCCACCAGGUGAAGGCCAUGCUACCAUCCAUGCCGGUGGCCCAGUGCCUCUCCCUCGCCCUCACCCCCCCUCCGCAAGCCGCCAUCUCCUCCUCUCUCGCAUGCCUGGCGUCCCUGUCCGCGCUGCACUUGCCAGCGGAGGUCCUCUCCCCUCUGGGCGCGCACCUAGCUCGUCUCCCUCUGGACGUGCACGUGGGCAAGAUGCUGCUCUUCUCCGUGCUCCUGCGCUGCCUCGACCCCGCCCUCUCCAUCGCUGCAGCAGCGGCUCAUGCACGCCCGCUCUUCCUCGCCUCGCCUGCCCACAGGGACGUGGCCGCGCAGGCCAAGGCACGCUUCGCUGGAGCCACACGCAGCGACCAUGUGGCCGUGGCAGUGGCGUAUCAGGGAUGGGUGGAAGCUAGGAGCGGUGGGAGGGGCGGUGGGGGGGGUGAAUGGGCGUACUGUGAGGCGAAUGGGCUGUCGCGGGACACUCUGGUGGCCAUGGAGGGUCUGAGGCGAGACUUUGUGCUGUCACUUGCGUCCUUGGGCUUCCUGCCUGCUAGCUAUGUGUCUGCGUGGAUGGACAAGGACAAGGGCGCACGACAUGGCCGUGUGGAGGCUGCAGCAGGCAGGGGUGGGGAGAGAGAGCGCUGGGAUGUGUUCAACGAGAAUUCGCAGUCGUGGCGUGUGGUAAAGGGUGUUAUUUGCGCUGGUUUCUACCCCAACGUGGUGCGCGUGCAGAGGCCUGAGAAGCGCUUUGUCAAGACAGAGCAUGGGGCAGUGGAGAAGGAUGCAGCAGCUCGUGCAGUGCGCUUCUACACCCGAGCAGACGGCCGGGUGUUCUUGCAUCCAGGCAGCGUGAACUUCUCACAGGGCACGUUUGAAAGCCCGUGGCUUGUGUUCAGUGAGAAGGUCCAGACCAGCAAGAUCUUUAUCAGGGAGUGCUCCAUGGCUCCUGCCUUUGCCCUGCUCUUGCUGGGUGGUCUGCUCAACGUCAAUGCAGAGAGGCGCCUCGUCACUGUAGACAACUGGAUUCAGUUCGAGGCUCCUGGCCGCAUUGGAAUUCUGGUCAGGGAAAUGCGCAGCAAAGUUGAGGAGGUGUUGAGGGACAAGAUAGCUAGACCUGACAUGGAUCUUAGCAGUCAUCCUGUGCUGGAGGGCAUGGCUGAACUUAUAUCUUCUGAGGGGUUUUGA